GAGCGGCAAAUUGUUUACUCACAAAACUUUCUCACUUUCUGUGAAUCUACAUCUCUGUUACUUUUAGAUCUAGAUCUAUCUGAGAUCUAAAUCUCUAGUAGAGUAUACUAGAUCAAAUCCAGGGUCUCAUCUGUAUCGACAGAUGACAGAUCUGAGAGUCAUCUCUAGAUUCUCUAAUAUAGAAUAAUAGAUCUAGAUUCCUAGACUAGUAGUAGUAGAUGAUGAUUACAGUAACAAUAUGAAUAUGAUUAUUAUCAUGAAUAUGAAUAGAGAAUAGAUACGAUAGACGAAUGAAUAGAUUCUAAGAAAAGAUUUCAAUAGUCAAUACUGUCAAUAGACUGAAUAGACAAUAAAUAGAUGAUCAUGAUCUAGAUGUCUAACUAAACUAAGACUAAAGCGGCUACUUUCUAAUAAACUUUUUUUUUUUUUAAAUAAAGUUAUAGACUAAUAGUCACUAAUAAAUCACAUGCUCAUCAGUAGCCUAGUAGGUUCAUCAUAAUGCUGGGUAUUAUUUUACAUUUUAAUUUAGAGCUAAUGUUUUAUAAAGUUGUAUCUAGUAGAUCUUUACCUUUUCUAUGGCUACUAUUACAACUUCAACUUACAAGCAGUAAAGUUAAUGACCAUAAUAAUGACAACAUAAAACUGUAUGAUACUGAAGUGGAUGAACCAGAUUACAGCCACCUUUUAUAUGGAAAUAUUUGGAAACAUGUUGUUUUUGAACCCUCAAAGAAUGCUGAAGAUCAAAAGCAGGCCAUUAAGGUUUCCCUCAAUUUGGUUUCAAAGAGCAUGAUCAAAUUUGAAUCACACAAUUUCAGUGCAAGAUGUCUUACUAAAGUAGAUCUUUGGUAUAGUGAUUCUGGAUACACUCCUCUUGUAUACACAAAGCUGGUUGCAAAUAACAAAGGUUAUGAGCUUCCUAUCUCAGUGCCAGUGUCCUUUGGAACAAACUACAAUCUUGAAAUCAGAAAAACCUUUAAUGAAACAGAACAUCUUCAUUUUGUGACACUAACUAGGUCACUUGAACAUGAACAUUUCUUUGUAUACUCACACUCAAAUUACAGGGCAAGUAAACAUGAUGUUGCAAUGGAAAUGAGAAACAGAUAUGAACAUUUCUUUCAGUUCAACAGAAGAGCAGUUAAUUUAACUAUUCUCUCAUCUCUGAGCAAUAAUAAACAGCUGUCACCUCUGCACUCAAACCAAGACAUUGCUUCAUCUGUUGUGACCUUUGAUAAAUGUGCAGGAGAAAAAGGUGUACCAAAAAGUGAAACUUGUUCUCAAUUCAAACAACAUUUUGAUAAUGAAAGUCAGGCAUCAAAUAGAACUCGCUGGAACACUUUUACUGUUAUGACUUACAAUAUUUGGAACUUCAACACUUAUCUAGGAGAGAGUGUGCAUUAUCCAACUAGAAUGGAGGCCAUUGGUAAGCUUUUGAAAAAAAACAAUCCAGACAUAGUAGCAUUUCAAGAAGUACGAUUUGAAUCUCCGUUAGGUGGAAGUUUAGGACCUAGUCAAAUGGAUUAUCUUAUAUCACAAAUGCCAGGAUAUCAGUUUGUUUAUCAACCAGCACAGCUACAUAAAAGCAGUUUUGACCAAGGGAGAACUGAAGAAGGUGUUGCAAUAUUCUCUAAAUUCCCAAUUAUUCACCAUGACUACUUACUUUUAUUUAGAAAUCGCAGAAAUACAGCUGAUUUACAUCAAAGAGUUUGCUUACAUGUAGUUGUAGACUUACCAUGUAUUGGUAAGGCACAUAUCUUUAAUACUCAUUUAUCACUGAGCCAUGAAGCAAGGGAAGAAUCUGUUAAACAAAUUAUACAGUUUAUGUCUGUACAUGGAAAAGAUCCUGUCAUUCUUGUUGGUGACCUAAAUGCUACACCAGAAGAGAAGGCAAUCAGGUUGCUAACUGAAGUAGCUGGCUUCACAGAUGUAUGGACAUUGCUACAGCCUUCAGUGGAAGGAUAUACUUUCAGUGCCAUUGAAGAAUUAAUAAAAAGAAUUGAUUACAUUUUUUUAAAGAAAUCUGACCAAGUCACAGCUGAAAAUAUAGAAGUACUGCAAGAUAAUACUAGGUCCAGUGCAGCUUCAGACCAUAGAGCAGUUCAAGCAUCAUUUAGAAUUCAUUGCAGUGAUUGUUGAAUCUCCCAUGAUCAAACAUUUUUAAAGCUAUUUUUUUUUUAAAUUUCAUUUUACAUUGUUAAUGUUGGUAUCUUUCCUGUAAUAGAUGUUUCAUCUUGUCUCUAUGUCAUCAUUGUCAUGCUCAAAUGUUAUGUAUAUAAUAAAAUAUUGAAUGUA